AUGGCGGCGCGGGGGGGCCGCGCCCCGCCGCCCUCGUUAAACGCGCCCGCCGGAUACGCGUCGCGGCGGUUGAAAGCUAUCCGGCCCCCGGGCGGGGCGCGCGCGAUUGGCCGCUGCGCCGUGCGCUCCGUAACCGAUAGCCAAUCGCUGGCGGGCGGACGCCGCCCCCCCGGGCACCGCGGGGCGCGAGCCCACCGGCUCACACGGCGCGCGACUCCGGCGCGCACACUCGCACCGAUGCGCGGCUCCUGGGACGAGUCCACGACGGCGGCGCUGCACGCGCGCAUCCUGGAGGCGCGCGGGCCCGAGCGCGCCGCCGAGCCCGCCUGCUCCGACGCGCCCGCGCCCUUGUCUCUUGCCGCGCUCGAGCUGGCCGCACCGACGCCACUGCUGCCGCUGCCCACGCUCUCCUUCAGCGCCGCGCAGGUGGCCACCGUCUGCGAGACGCUCGAGGAGAGCGGUGAUGUAGAGCGACUCGCGAGGUUCCUCUGGUCUCUACCUGUGGCCCACCCCAACGUUGCUGAGCUGGAACGUUGUGAAGCAGUAUUACGAGCGCGAGCUGUCGUGGCUUUUCACGCCGGUCGCCACCGCGAACUCUACUCGAUCCUUGAACGACAUCGUUUUCAGCGAUCGAGCCAUGCUAAGUUACAAGCAUUGUGGCUGGAAGCUCACUACCAGGAGGCCGAGCGGCUCCGUGGUCGCCCCCUCGGCCCCGUCGACAAGUACCGUGUGCGGAAGAAGUUUCCUUUACCGAGAACAAUUUGGGACGGCGAACAAAAAACACACUGUUUUAAGGAGCGAACGCGAUCACUAUUGAGGGAGUGGUAUCUACAAGAUCCGUACCCGAAUCCGACGAAAAAAAGGGAGCUAGCCGCAGCGACAGGGUUGACGCCGACACAAGUCGGCAACUGGUUCAAGAACCGGCGGCAGCGCGACCGGGCGGCCGCGGCUAAGAACCGCUCCGCUGUGCUCGGCCGCGGCUUCGCGUCCUCCUCCACCUACGACGAGGACUCCGCCGACUCAGAGAUCAACGUCGACGAGGAG